AUGACCAGUUCGCCGGUAGUGUCCACCAAGGAGGAUUCGCCCACAGCGAUAUUCCUCUCUCGCGCCUCGAUGGAAAUGAAUUCAUUAGAAGCUAUCCUUCGAAACGUCAAAGUCGCGAUGGGGGACCUUGAAGCAGCCGAAAAGAGAAUCUUGGGGUUGCGGGACCUCCGGAGGAUCGAGGAAGCAAAUGCCCGUCUUGCCAAACAGGAGCUGACAGAUCUUCAGCACCUGGUCAAGAAGAUAGCUCCAGCCAUCGGGAAGCUAAAGGACUUGGAAGCCACUUACAUUUCUUCCGAAACGCACCCAGCCGAUCCUGAGAAGGUGGAGGUGCAAAACCUCUUUGGCGUGGUCGCAGCAGCGGAUGAGGGGUACCAGAAGGUUGUGACUUUCUUGUCACGCUACCUUUGA